GUGUGGUCUGGUUAUCAACACCACCUGGACUUUGUCCAUUGUGAGACAAGUUGAUUAACUGCUUCGACCAUUUAAGGCAACUAGACACAGCCCGGCGCUGGCUCCCUCAAGAUGUCCACUCCCAUCUUCGCUGGUAAAGUGGCACUGGUCACAGGUGGCGGAAGCGGCAUCGGCCGAGCCAUCUGUCAGGUGUUGGCCAGGGACGGUGCCAACGUGGCUGUGGCUGACAUCAAUCUCCAGGGAGCCCAGGAGACCGUCAGCAUGUUACCUAGUCCCGGAGACCACCUGGCCGUGACCAUGGACGUGACGAGCAAGGCCUCCGUGGACUCUGGUCUUAAAGCUGUCACGGACAAGUACCAGGCUCCCCCCAGUCUCCUGGUCAACAACGCUGGCAUCUCAAAGAAAAGUCCCUUUUUAGACAUGGAAGAAAAGACCUUCAUGGAUGUGUUGGAUGUUAAUCUCAAGGGGACCUUCCUGGUGAGUCAAGCAGUGGUGAAGUUGCUGCUGCAGCAGCCGGGAGCGGCUGAGGGCGCCGUGGUGAACGUCUCCAGCCUCGCUGGCCAACUUGGCCUCAAGAACCACUCCCAGUAUGCAGCAAGCAAGGCUGGAGUGAUGGCCUUCACCAAGUCUGUGGCAGGAGAGCUGGCCAAGACGGGUGUUCGAGUGAACUGCGUCCUCCCCGGCCUCAUAGAGACGCCCAUACUGGUAAACACUCCGCAAGCUCUCGUCGACGCAGCUGUGGCCAAUUUGGCGCUUGGGAGAAUGGGCCAGCCUGAAGAGGUGGCGGAAGCGGUGGCGUUCCUGCUGUCGGACAAGAGCAGCUAUAUGACAGGGUCUUGUGUGGAGAUCAGUGGUGGGUACGGCUUGUAAGUGAUGCGAGGAAGGUCACCUUCGAUGUCGUUGUGGAAGCCUUCGAUGUCUGUGGUAGCCACCUUCGAUGUCGUUGUGGAAGCCUUCGAUGUCUGUGGUAGCCACCUUCGAUGUCGUUGUGGAAGCCUUCGAUGUCUGUGGUAGCCACCUUCGAUGUCGUUGUGGAAGCCUUUGAUGUCUGUGGUAGCCACCUUCGAUGUCUUCGUGGAAGCCACCUUCGAUGUCCUUGUGGUAGCCUUCGAGGUCCUUGUGGUAGCUACCUUCAAUGUCGUUGUGGUAGCCUUCGAUGUCCUUGUGGUAGCCACCUUCGAUGACCUUAUGGUAGCCACUUUCACACAGUCAUUCAGGCAGCCACUACCAUGUUCAACAAAGACAAAUAAAGCAUUUAUUACCAAAGAAAA